UACAGCCGCUCAUUUCUGAAUCAUUUCCUGGCAGCUAUGGCUGCUGCUGCUAGUACGACGGCUCCGUGCAACGGCUGUUUGUCGCUCCCGGAACUAACGGCCUCAUCGUCCGGCCAUAGAACCAGAAAUCACGCUUCUCCUGCCUUUUGUAGCUCUUCGUUUGGUCCGUCCCAUUUGCGAUUCCAGUUGCGUAGAUCUGUGACGACGCGCCGGAGGCAGUUUAUAACGGGGUCAGGUUCUCGAACCGCGGUUUGCUCGUUCCACGAGUCGCAAAUGGGUCAGCCGGACGCGAUCAGCGAUUUCGAAAAGAGCAUUUCGGAUGAGGAGUUGCAAGGAAUGGUGGAGGAGUCGCUCGUCUGGUCGUCGCUCAGCGGACUAGUCGUCGGCGAUCAGACGGUCGAGGACUCGGGGUCGGUCCCUGGAGCAGGCCUGGUUCCUGCACCCGUGACACUCCUUCCAACGCCGUUUCCCGCCAAUCUCUUCCAUCGUGCCGUGGAGCUUGCUCCUCUCUUCAACGAUCUCGUUGAUGCCGUCAGCCAAGACGCGGACUUUCUGCAAUCCACUCUGGCAAGUGCAGGGCGUUCUGACUCCUUCACAGCCGGCCUUCUCCAAAUACAUGCAGAGAUUCUCAAGCGCGGAAUACGGCAGCCCAUAAGGCUGGGCAUGCACCGGUCAGACUACAUGCUGGACACCGUGACAGGGAGCAUACUGCAAGUGGAGCUGAACACCAUCUCUUCCUCUUUCCCUGGUCUUACAUCCCGAGUCACAGACCUGCACAGGCACAUGGUGGGGAUGUAUGGCGAUAAGGCUGGUCUAUCAGUGGAUGCUGUGCCUGUCAACACUGCAGCAACGGAUAUGGCAGAUGCCCUGGCAGCAGCAUGGAGGGAACAUGGAGAUGAGAGUUCCCUAGUACUCAUGGUGGUGCAGAAGCCCGAGCGCAACAUGUACGACCAGCACUGCCUGUCGCAACACCUGUGGCAGAGGCAUGGCAUUCGAGUGCUGAGGAGGAGCCUGCAGGAGGUGCAGCAGCAGGGGGCGAUUACAGACACCUUGGAUCUGAGAGUGGACGGCCAUCCCAUAUCGGUGGUGUAUUACCGUGCAGGUUAUGGCCCCAGUGACUACCCAACCGAUCUUGAAUGGCAAGCCCGCCUGCUGCUCGAACGGUCGUCAGCUGUCAAGUGCCCGACCAUCUCGUACCACCUUGCUGGGGCGAAGAAGAUUCAGCAGCAGUUGGCCCAACCGGGGGUGCUGGAGAGGUUUGUUGCCGACGAGACGUCUCUGCGCACCAUGCGGCAAUGCUUCGCAGGGCUGUGGAGUCUGGAAGGGGAGGAGGGAACGGGGGAGGGCGAUGAUGGGACGGCAAGGAGUGCAAUCAUUGCAGAGGCGAUCCGGGAACCAGCGGCGUUUGUGCUGAAGCCGCAACGGGAGGGGGGAGGCAACAACAUCUACGACGAGGAAAUUUCCAGGAAACUGACGGAGCUGACAGCAGCAGGGGAGGCGGGGAAGCAAGAGCUAGCGGCGUUCAUUCUCAUGCAGCGCCUCUUCCCUCCCAUGCACCGCUCCGUGCUCAUCCGCUGCUGCCAUCACAGCUGGAACGAUACACUCUCGGAACUGGGCAUUUACAGCACAUAUCUCAGAAAUGGAGACAAGGUGGUAAUUAACAGCGCAGCUGGCCACCUCUUGCGCACCAAGACUGCAACUUCGAAUGAAGGAGGAGUGGCUUCUGGGUUUGCUGUGCUCGAUUCUCCUUACCUCGUCUAAGAACAACUGUGUGAAUCUAAUCAUCAACCUGAAGCUACCAUACCAUAUUUGGCCAGAUGGGAAACUUGGGGGGUUGAAGCCGCAUGCCUCCCCAAUGGGGGGCGGGGCAGCUCUUGACCCGCAGCACUUGGUUAAGCACUUUGAUAAUCACUUUUAUAAAACCCCCCUCAGGGAUGUUUGGACUGGUGGCAGGCACUCGAUGUCGAGCCUUCUGGUACCAGCCAAGGCAUGGUACGUAUAUGGUCCGGAUCUCGUCCCAAAGACGCACCAAACUGGUAACAAACAGUCGGUGCUGGCAAUCAACACUAGGACACCAGCUUGUAGUGUUCUGUCUCGCACACGGGUGCUGGCUGGCGGCAUGUGACAUCUCCCUCAUUUUGCACAGGGCACAUUCGCCCAAGCUGCAGUGCGAGAUGCUUGUGCUGAGUUCCACCCACAUUCAGUCAGCAU